GCUCGCAACACAAUAAGUUAAUGUUUGCAUACUCAAGAGAUCUACUGAAAGCACACUUCGUUGUUGGCUGGAUGUGCUAUACGAUCAAGUGUGGUGGGAGGUGAUUUUUGACAUCUAAGUCACGCUACGUUAUACUUGAUCGCUCGCCCAGUAAAAAUCACGACAUAGAGACGUCUAUUCCCUAGAAUGUAGGAGCAUUGGCGACGAUGGCUGGCUGGAUUAUCACGCAGAAGUAAUCCACAAAGUGAUAUUCAAUCCACGCAAGAUGGCGAGCUCCUUAGGUAAACAAAUGCUUCCGAUAUGUACGCUAGAAAUUCACAGUGAUUGUACAUUUUUGUAUAAUAUAUUGAAUAACACUCAACUUAUUCACACAUUGGUGUGCAUGCCUAGGAUAAAAGACGCAGUUGUCUCAGAAGUUGAAGUGCAAGCGAAUGGCCUUUGACUUCGAGAAAAAAUGAAUAAAACGUUAACUAUGUACUAAACUACAAAAGCUAGACCUCAAGGAGGAAUUAUAAACAGUAAGCUUCGAUAACUAAAUGCUAGCCACAUAGAUGAAUUUCAAUCUUUCCCGUCUAUUAAAAAGCCAUCCUUAGGGAGCCAAGAUAUCGUUAUCUCGGCAUUUUAAACAUUUCCUUAUUGCGACAAAGUAUUCAGUGUAUAAUAAUAUAAUAAUAGAAUAGAUUGCGGGAUUGUUCGUGCCUUUUCCCGUGCAUGAUUCGUUUUGUAUUUUAAAUACACUAGACUGGCAUUGUCCGUAUAGUAUUGCUCUGUCCAAGUAUAUGCAUUUUUAAUGUUCGUAGCAGAGAAGCGGAAAUACAUUGCGUUUCUGUCAUACUAUAAUCAUUACAACAUAAAACAGGAAAAAAUUCAUAAUUUGUACAGGGUAUAGCUUUGUCGAUCGUAUAUAUACUCUAAUAUAAUGCUUUCUACUGUACAAAAGGCUUUGUACUAUACUAUACGAUUGUAUAAUCCGUUUAACCCGUUCUAUUCAGCUGUCUUUAAAAGACGCCGGCUCGGCAUAUGUGAUAUAUAGAUGAUACUUGGUAAAAAUAUAAAAUUUGGCAGAAAGAAGUUAGUGCCGGUUGCGUCUCGAUCCAAUAACAUGUAUGCAAAGCCUGCAUAUACACGAUAUAACAACAAACAUAUUAAAACAAACACUAUAUGGCUAACUACCCAAAAUUGUCGAUAAAUUUUCUUUUAAAAAGAAUAAUUUCUAGUAUAUUACACGAUAUGCGAGUUUUUGUGAUCGAACUGAAAAAUAUUGAUUUGUAACUUUGAAAGAGGUUUAAACUGCCAAAACUGUUGAGCAAAGCAUAAUAUUUUGAACACGGUUUAGUUAAAACCAGCGAUGAGUUUCCCUGUUAGACAAUAUAAAUAAGUUCUUUGUUCCUAGACAGUAGCAGCAAUUAUUGAUGUCUGUGAUGUAAUAUAUGGCUUUGCACAAAGACUGUAUAUUGGCGUGUUUGAAGAACGUAAAUUAGUAUUGGUUUACCGCAUAUCAUCCCUUUAUUCCUUUAAAGGAGUGAGGGCCAGUGCUUCAAGUAGUAACCCAAGAUUUAAUAUCAUUUCUUAUAUAAAUGUAGAAUGUUGAAAUGCAAGCUAUAGGGCCAUUCCUACCAUUUAAACAACAAGAUAUCCCAACUAAUAAUUCAAACGCUAUUUCGUGUUUUCUGCAUGAAUGCAAUUUGCAACCAUUUUGUGGUUUUCAAAACAAAAACGUAUAGCAGUCCAUUGGAUUAGUGCGUUUGUGGCUGCCUGCCAAGGUGAAUAAUUCAUCUCCCACAAACGUGCUAAUCGGGUGAACUGCACUAAGUCAAUACCUUGAAAUACUUUCCUCGGGCUGUUCACGUGACCAUUUUCUUUCGGUUUCGCGUUUUGGCAUCAAAAUUUUCCUAAAAUGAAAUUGAAUAGAACAGAUAUUAGGGUUCGUAUAUGUCACUGUUUUGUUGCCAUGCAAGGCAUUUGUAAAGCAGGCAAGUAGAGAAGCCUACUCGUAGCUGGAAAUUAAUUGAGGCCGCGCGCUGGUUAACGUAGACACGAGGGUGUACUACUCCAAAAAUAGUCGUACGCUUUUUCCAUGAAAUCAAGCCCCGAGGGGGUUAAGGACAGGAAACACGUACGGUAGUAUACCUCUCUCAUAGACAUAUAUAUAGUCGGCGUUGUUUGUCCUAAAAUUAUCACUACUGAACCGCGUGACAAAUCCGGAAAGCGCAUCGCUAAGCUUUUAAGCUUGCUGAGAAGUAUUACCUCAACGAGUUCUAGAGAUCCACGAACCAGAGCUGAUAUUUACUUUGCUGAACUAUCGUCGUUUUCCUUCAAAAUAUGUCGAAGGGAUGAAUCACUUACAAUAUAAAAUGGUCAACUGACAGUUUGCACUAAAAUAACAUGAACACUUGUAUUCAAAUAUUUGAUAUAAAAACACACACGCAUGAUUUCAGUUUCCAGUCACCUCCAGCUUUAAAGGCCAAAAUAUGUUAGUUUUUAGUAAAAGAGGUAAACCCUCAAAGGAGAGAAGGCACUAAAACUCUACUUCGAGAUACAACAUAGACAAGGGGCAAAUCACUCCAGAUGUCUGAGUUGUACACUCGGAAAAGUCCAAAGUCUGCAAGUCCCAAUAUCACGAGAGUAAAUGCUUGAAAAAAUAUACUCUUGUGAUCUAAAGUGACGUCUGAAUUGUGUGAAAAUCUAAUGAAUACGAUGGAACCAACAUUCUAUCUAUCUACUUUAUUUACACACACUUGAAAGUUUGCGCGAAUUUUUUUGACAUAUUGUGAAAUGUUUUACCCUUGUGAUACGUUUGUCCGAAUUUUCUUCAUUUUUCUUACCAUUUGCCUGAAUUUCCAUGGUUUUCUAAUCAGAUUUUUGGGGGACAGGGGGGGGGCAGUCCCCCCCUGCCUUGUACGCCUAUGUCAAAACCCUGUGUCAUGAACAUUAAGUAACUCAUGAUCAUUGUACUCAUAAUUUUUGUCAGGUCAACUCCUAACGGAGGAAGAUUUAGACUACGCCAGACGUCUUGUAAAAUGCCUGAAAUCCUCAAGUGACUAUGAUGACGUCAUGAUACGAAAUAUCUUGGACAAUAAUUGGGAGACUGAACCACAGAUGGUGUCUAAUUUGCUACAUUUCCCCAGUGUUAUUCCAAAAGAUCUUCGCCUCCCGUCCUUACUACGAGGCUUACAAGAGACCAAGAGAUUGUACUACAUACUGGCUGCCUCAAACGGUUUGUGUAGCCUUGACUUAACUAAGGAGAACGAUGUAUCAGAUGUUAAGGAAAAACUUAAAGAAGCGACGUUGAAGCCUCAAGGUGAUAUAGCUAUCCAUGCUUUCAUGGCGCUAGGGAAGUUGCUUCAUCAUCCCGAGGACACAGAGUUCGUGUUACGUUUUCUCCACUGUGAUAAAUCAACUCUGCAUUACAAUGCUCUAACCUGGUUACUGGCAAAUGUCAAAGAUAAGAAUGAGGUGAAGAAGGUUCUUGAAAAUAAAGCUGUUCCAGAGGACAUCCGAGAGGAAGGACUCGAGAGACUGGAAUCUGAUCUCAUUGAAGGUAUGCAUAUUAUAAAGAUCAUGUCGGCUAAGAAUAAUGAACAGAAAAUCGAGAGGAAAAUUAUUUUCUGUUGAAAAACUACAACACUUGUUCUCGUAUAGAACCACAGAUUUAAGCCUGGUUCACACGAUGAAAUAAGCACAAGCAGCGGAAUCUUUGAUGUGCAUAAACGUAAGCAUAAGAAGAACGCAACAUUUGUUCUUCUUAUAUUUAUGCUUAUGCACAUCAAAGGUUCCGCUGCUUGUGCUUAUGCUUAUUUCAUUGUGUGAACCAGGCUUUAGACUACGUUGACACUAUAUCGGAUAACUUUCCGUAGCGGCGCGAAAAAGCAUCUAUCCGAUACGGAAUGCACAACUUUCAGAAGCUGAGCGAAACAACAUUUCUCCCUUGCAAUAAUUCCUCUGAAAAUAGCGUUCCUAAAAGAUACGGAUAUCCGGUACAAGUGUAAACGUAGUGUAGCCUUAAAGAGAGCAAUGAGUCACAGCUGUCUCCUGAUGUCUGGCAAAAACAUAACUGGAUUCCUGAAAAAUCGCCAAGAUAAUCAAAUUAUCCUCCAUCGCGCGCACGCAGAAAUGAUUACGUGCACGAUUGACGCCAUACGCAGCCAGCCUUGUAGAAGACGCAAUCUCAUCUUGAAAAUUUUAUUCAGAAGCAAUGUCUGUAGAGGUGCACAUGCGCUGUUCAUAGAACGCAAGAAUAAUCUUCAAGUUAGGUUGUUCCUAGAAUACUCUGUGUGCUUAAGUAUGGGAUUUUACUGGUGAUUCGUUAGCCUCAAGAAUCUUGUCCACAUUUUACAUAUACAACUACACAAGUCAUGUGGUUUUACAAGAUACAUGCAUAUUUAAUAACACGCGUGUCUACGCCACAAUUGGCUAAUAAGAGGGGCUUUAUAGAUUACAUUUGUACCGCAGAUCUCGCUUCAGAUAAUUACCAAAUUUGCGCGUCGUACACAGUCAUGCAGAGUCUGUUGUUUAAAACGUAUUGUUCAAAGCUGUCUAUUUUGUAAAACUGUCAAGCAUAAUAAAUGAAACAGCAGUUUAUUCAUUUCAUGGAUCAUUGCUUAGUAAUUCUUUCACUACAUGAAUGGUUUUUAUUCAAAAUUGUUUACUAGAGAACAUCAGGAUAUAGUCAAUUGACUACAAAUCAAUGUCGAUACGACGAUACCGUAUAUUUCACGGUUUAGAAGUUGACGCAUGAUUACUGAAAAAUAUACGUUGAUUUGCAAGUUCUACGAAUCUGAGAAAAAAGUCAUGACUAAAGCCUAAUAAACUGUUUAGAUAUAGACAAAAUGGCCACAUCCAAAUUGAAUAUACUGUAUUUGUUUUGAUUGAAUUGAUCAAUUACAGCAAAUACACUGACAUAUGGAGACAACUCAAAUACGCAAGUUCUAAAGUGGCAUGGGAAAAAUGUUUUUCUUUCAACUUUUGCGUCCAGAACAAUUGUUUUGGGAAUAGAAAAACAAGGAAACAUACAAAUUUCUGAGAAUGACUCGAAAAACUUAAAAUGCAACGCAAUAAUUUUUAGUAUUGUUUGUUUUGUGAUUUUUUUUUACCCAAUUUCAUUAACUAAGUUAUCUCCUUCACAUACAGAAGAAUGUAUGCUUUUAUGCACUUUGUUUUUAAAAAUUAUACUUAUUGUGUACCUUAUUGAAACAGCGCACAUGAAGGUCAAAAAGGUCAAACGUAAUUAAGUGUGCAUUCUAUUUACCAAUUAAAUGUCUUAUUCAUACACAAGAGAUCAAAUCAAUUUACCCACAGAGAGCUGUAGGAGGUGAAAAAAUACAUGCCACACAUUUCAAUAUUUGAAUGGUGAACACAGUCAAAACUACAUUAUGUCAUCAAAGACAAAAUGAGUGAACUGAGAAUGAAUAGGAAGACUCUUUUCAAAGGCAGUGGUUAUUGAAGGAAAGAAUGUUAAACAAAUGUAAUCUUCAAGCACUUGAUUCAAUGUCAAUUAACUGCACAAGUCUCAUGUGUUUAGGUAAGAUUAGUAUUUCAUGAAACCUUAACAUCAGCUCACAUAAUCAGAAUGUUUUUUCAGCUUUGUUUACAUACUUAACAAUCAAUUUGUAAAAAUUUCAUUCCUCUUAAUAACUUAAUGAAUAGAUUAGACCUAUCAGAAUCUAAUUAUGGUACUGUAGAGUGUAGGUAAAACCAUGAUCAAAGCAUUUAACUGUAUUUUACGGAGCAUUAAAACAACACUUGAAACACAACAGAAAAUAUAUUCAUGUUUCGCUUGCUACUCUGGUUUAAAUAAAUGAUUACAAAGCCCAGUCGAAUUGUAAUCAAGACCCAACGUUUCGAAACUCCAGUCUAGUGUCUUCAUCAGGGGUGAUCUAAAAUUGCAAUCAUGGCUUCUUAAAUACCCAAGGGAUGAUGUCACCUACCAAGAAGAUGCAUAUAUUCCUCUGGCAAAUAGGCACCGUCAUUGUCUAAAUAUUUGGAAUGGGUCAUUCCAGAAAACAUCCAUAUCUCCUCCAUGGAGGAAAUUGAAGUUAACCCUCCUACCCUCUUCAAAUAUCCUACCACACUUACUAUUAUCAGAAACAAAUUUUUCUCACCUCCCCCUCCCUCCAGACAGCAGAAAUUUCCUCCUUGGGGGCAGGGUGGAUCUUUUCUGGAACAAUCCAAUCUUUUUGGUGAAAUUUGUCCUUUGGUUUACCUUUGAGAUACCAGCACAGGUGGUGUAAUCAGGAGGGGCUAGACAUGCCCCCCAGUUGUACUAGCUAUGUGAAUGCCUUUGUGAAGAGGUUUAAGCAGGGUGUGCAAGUAUCACAUUUGCCAAGGUCAUCACUGGGUGAUAACCCUCCCCCACAACAACCCUGUAUAUUAUGGCCCAGAAUAUUGCAUCAUUUUUCUAUUUUUACACACAAUUCAUAGUUAAAACUCUCAUGUACGUGAAAUAGAUUUGACUUACCAGAUGCGAUGCACGCAUAUUUGCAUUGCCAUUGGAACCAUAUGGCAUUCUUUGGCCAUGAAAAUGACUUUGCGAAGACUUUAAGCAACAUAAAAAUGUGUAAUAGGGCAUCUUUACAUCUUAAAUAUCUAGUAAGAAUGGUAAACACACACGUGACAGUGUGUUUUCACAAUAGAAAACAUGUCUAAAUUCAAGUGACAAGCUAAACAGGCAUGUGUUUUGAAUAAAAAAGUUUUGAAAUACAUACCUAAAUUUCACCAAUAAUAACCUGUGUUCACGGCAAAAACUCGAUAAAUAAAAUACCCACAUACUGUUGCAUAAAAUAUUUGCACACAACAAAUAUUUAUGCGUAAAUAAUGGGAAAAAAAAACACAAAAGAAAUUUAUGUAAAAUCGUAGAAACUUCCGCCAUUUUGAAAUUCAGCGAAGGCAAGAACACAUGGUUGCCCACGUGCGAAGACAUUUAAAACAAUGACGUCAUGGAAAUCUAGGAAACAAUGUUUCCUGCUAAACAAUGUUUCCUGGUUUGCCCACCUUCGGGAAACAUGGCUAGGAAACAAUGUUCCCUGGUUUGCCCACCUUCGGGAAACAUGGCUAGGAAACAAUGUUCCCUGGUUUGCCCACCUUCGGGAAACAUGGCUAGGAAACAAUGUUUCCUGGUUUGGAAACAUGGCUAGGAAACAAUGUUUCCUGGUUUGGAAACAUGGCUUUAUCCAUCCUUAUUUUACCGUUCACUUUUUCAUUUCGUUUCCAGUAGAUCUGAACCAGAAUGCAAGCUUCACAUACACGCCAAAUCUAGCUGAUUUCGAAGCGAUGCGACGUAAGGAACAGACACUUUCUGAAAUCUUCACUGAACUGGAUACAGAUCAAGACGGAAAGAUAGGAGCUGAGGAAUUGCUGUCGUUUUGUGAAGAUAUUGGAACAGUAAUGACUUUAGAAAAAGCACAAAAAGAUAUCAAACAUUUUGACGGAGAUAAUGAUGGAAAAAUAGUUAAAGACGAAUGGAUCGAGCUCAUGUUUCCACAAUUUAAUGUGCAAUAAUUUAUGAAGAGUUUGAUUAAAGCAUGCUUUCUACUUCAACCAAAUCGUAAACGUGGUAUAUUUAUUCGUUUACUGAGCACUGACGAAAAAGUAAUUGCUUCGACACAAAGCGGCACGCUGGUGCGGAUAUGGUUGAAAUGGGAAAAAAAGCGCCCAGGUAUAAAUAAUCAACAAAUGAGUUCGGUCAAAAUGUGUGUUGUAAAAUGUAAACAUGCAUGGGAAUCGGUUGUAUCAUAGAAUUAGAGAUUAAAGAUAUUAGAAGUAAAAUGAUGUUAGUCUAACUUUCCACAUGUAUUUUUAUUGGGUUUUUUUACAGUAACACAGCCCAGUCUCUUCAUCGAUUUUAUAAUGGGAAUUUUGCAGGCCUUAUAUGUGCCAAUUAUGCCAGCAAAAUUCUUUCAGAUAUACAUUUUACUUCAGCAGACUGUUCGACUUAAUACUUUUCGGAGUACUCCGGAUUUUCGGAUAGAAUCGAACCGAAAAUGGUCACAUGACUGUUCUGGCUGCAUACGUUUGAGUAGGGGCAAUAGAACCGUCAUGUGACCGUCUUCAGUUCGAUUCGAUUCCGAAAAUCCUGAGUACAUGGAACAGUAAAUGGAGCAGCUCGCUGCAGAGAUUCCUCCACCAGGAAUUUCAAUGUAUUUUCUUUUCACCCAGAGUGAACAAUUCUUACUUUUCUACUACAGUAUGUUGCUCCACGUGUGUGCCCUUACUUCUUUCAUUCGACGCGCAAAUUUAGCUGUUAAUGUACCUUUACUACCUCUGUUACUCCAGUGUUCCAGAACUGGAGUGAUUUUCACGGUAUCAGCUGUGACCAUGUCGAGCAAGGCGGACGCAGCUGCAAGCUGAACAUUGAAUGACACUGGGAAAAUAUAAAGAUAUUUUAAAUAAAGAUGUAGAUGG